AAACGUACGUUGAUGAAGAUCCACAAAACACCAAACCGAUUUCUUACAAGCAAAAACUUUUCCGCGAAAUGAAGGAUCAACUAGAUUGUCUCUUAAAGAAAUUAAAAUUUACAAGGGAAACAAUCAAGGAGAUAAAGAAUAUUGCUAUACAUGGAAUAAAUCAAGGAGGUCUUAAUGGAAAGAUCUAUACAAUGUAUUAUGAUGCUGACCUUCAACAUUAUUUCGUUUUCGAGACAUGUCAGUAUCGAAUUGGUACUACGUGGGGAAGUAUUUCGGAAAGCCUUGUGUCUUUAAAAGAUAUUUUAUGUUUAAAGAAUGAUAUAAUCAACGUUCUUAACGCUGUUAAUAAAACAAAAAGAAUCGCCUUACGCACAAAUUCAGAGGAUUUAUUUACAAUUAAUAAUCUUCCAGAGACACCACCAUCCCCGAAAAAAAUUCAGUAA